GCAGCGGUAAUAUACAGGCUAAUAUAGGUAAUUGUGAACAAGUGUUUGGAUGCCUCUGACGGUGCAAGGAGGAGUGGCCUUGGUCAAAACCAUGGCAAUGAAUGAAUAUGGGUGAGAGUGAGUCACGAGAGCGGAUUGGGGGGUAAGCACAGAGGGGUUUAGAUCAGCGGGAGAAAUGUGAUGUGUGUCAGGCUGCCAGAAAGUGACGGCUUGCAGUCAUACCUUCAGUGUCUGGACUGCGCGACUGGGUUGUCCCUGCCCCGGCCUCCCGAGUGCCCCCCUGCAGCAGUACCCCGUGGCGUUGGCAAGGCCAGGAGAGAUGGGGCGCAAGCUGGACCUGUCGGGCUUGACAGACAAUGAGGCAGAGCACGUGCUGAAGGUGGUGCAGAGGGACAUGAAGCUGAGGAAGAAGGAGGAGGACAGGCUCAGUGAGAUGAAGCAGGAGCUGGCGGAGGAAGGCAGCAGAUGCUCCGUCCUCUCCAAGCAGCCCCGCUUCAACGAGCGCUGCUGCAUCCGCUGCUGCUCUCCCUUCACCUUCCUGGUCAACCCCAAGCGCCCGUGUCUGGACUGCCAGUACAACGUCUGCAAGUCCUGCCGCACCUACAGCAAGCUGGAGAAAGCCUGGCUCUGCGCCGCCUGCCAGAAGACCAGGAUAUUGAGGACCCAGUCUCUGGAAUGGUACUAUAACAACUUGAAGAGCCGCUUCAAGAGGUUCGGCAGUGCCAAGGUUCUGAAGACGCUCUACAGGAAUCACAUAGUGGAGAGAGGAGGCAACUCAGAUCUACCAGAAAGCAGUGUUCACGACGGAAGCAAUGGCAACGAUGGCAGCGUGUGUGGCAGUGACUCCACCUUCUACAGGCAGAGUGAAGGACACAGCAUGGCAGAGACCCUCACUGUUGCCCUGCGUGUUGCUGAGGAGGCCAUAGAGGAAGCCAUCGCCAAGGCAGAGGAGUUUACUGACAGCUUGGAGAAGCAGAAUGAGGCUCGCUACCUACGGGACCACAAAGAGGAGCUUAUAGAGGAACUUGCCACGACCAUCGUACAAAAAGUACGUUUAGAGUCUGGUGUGGAGUUUUCGGUCACAUCUAACAUUGCCCUCUCUCUCUCGCUCUUGCUCCACUCCUCUCCUUUCCUCUCCCAGAUCAUCCAGAGGAGGAAGCGUUCAGAGAUGCAGACAGAGUAUGACUUUGUUUGGCCCCAGAGCCAGGGCCAGCCCCAGGGCAGUGAGAUGUCCUCCCCCAGCCAGCCCCCUCACAGCACCCUGGCCCAGGCCAACCAGGCCCACCUCAAGAGUUCCUAUUCCCUCUGGAGGUCGCGGUCUGCGUUCUCCCUGACCAGUGACGAUUCUCCAGAGAAGAACACCGAGGCACUAGUAGGGGCGGGGGGAGUUGGAGGGGUACAGGACUACGCCUCUCUGAAGAAGGAGACCGCCAGGGCCUCCUCACUGCCCAGCUGGAAGAGUGUGGACCGCCUAGACAACUCCAGUGCGUCCUCGGUGCUGCAGAGCCCGGACGGUAACUGGAUCGCUCUGCAGAGCUCUCAGCACUCCCGUCCCAGCCUGCUGACCAAGAGAAAGUCUCUGGUGUUCAGCGUCCUGGAGAAAGAGUCCGACGUGGUCUCGGCCUACGACGAGAUGGGCCCCGAAUCCGACCAGGAGGACGACAAGGGGGGCUGGGGGGCCGCGCUGCGCCAGUUUCAACGGAAACUCUCCGACGAGACGUACUACACGGACUCCCAGCACGACCCUGAGUGGACGUACACCCCGGUCCACCUCCCGGUCACAUCGCCCUCCUCGGGCCAGUACACCAACACCGAGACCCUCAACUCUGACUCAGAGUGUUCCUCUGUACCCCCCACCCAACCCGGCAAACCCCUCCAGAACGUAAUGAAGAAGACAGGCCCUAACCAGGACCCGUAUCUUCAUCCCCAGCAAGCUCAGUACCACCAUCAUCAGCAUCAACACCAGAAACUCCCUUUGUACUCGCUCCACCCGGAGGCGCUGGAUGUGAACUUUAACCCCAAGGUGACUGGGGACAGUGGGCAAAGCAACCACGUCAGGAGGUCGCGGAGACGCAGGAAGAGCAAGAGGGAGCUGGCGGGGAACCAGGCCCACGCACAGACACACACACAACCCCUUUAUUCGUCAUCUGCACAGGAGAACAGUUUCCUGCUGAACGCCCUGCUGAAGAGUGGCAUGAGUGAGGAGAUGCCUGGGCCUGACGUGGGGCCCGUGCCCGAGACCUCCUCUGCGGUCAUGACCCUCGAGCCCAAGAACCAGGAUACUGUGGCCCCUAACUCUGCGGCCCCCAGCUCCCUUAACUGCAUGGCCCCUGCCCCUGGCCCCCUGUCCCCCAGCAGCUCUGGGCCCGGCUCGGGAGACACACUGGAGCAGAAGCUCUACUCCAAACUGGGCCAGCUGGUUGGACGAGCCAGCAGCGAGGAAGUAGCAAGCUCGUCCGAGGAUGAGCCAAUCAAAAGUCCCGUAAAGAGAGACAGAGAAGGUGACAGACAGAAAGAGAAGCUGAGGCAGAUUGAGAGAGAGCGAGAUCCCCAGAGACAGAGUGAGAGACAGAGCGGUAAAAGUAGGGAUAGGACGAAGCGAGAGACGUUUGAGUCAGUGAACGGGCCGGAACUGAAAAAGAGAGAGCGACUAAGGGAAGGUCUGACAUUGAGACAGGAGGAGAGAGUGAAGGAGAGGAGGUUGGAGAGAGGAGGAAAGAGUUUGGAAGAGAAAGUAGAUGGCAGGGAAAAUAAGACAGUGGAGAAGAACAGGCAAAGUAAGAGACUACAGAGGAAAGAGGUGGACAGAGAGACUGAAAGAAAGGGGGAAGAAGUGGAAGACCGAAACGAAAAGACAGGAUCCACGCCCUCCUCGCCUGCAAUUACCCCAUCUAUCCAGGAAGGGAUGCUGUGUGACGGACAGAAUGGGGUGGAACUACAGCAGAGGCUACAGUUGCUCUCCUCUCUCUUACAGCAGAAGUACUCGGCCGCAUCGCUGUGCAGUAUCACCACAGAGGUACUGAAGGUGCUCAACGCCACAGAGGAACUGAUUGGUGAGGCGGGGGGCGAUAGUGUCACCCCAUCUGAGUGCAUGAGCGCGUCUGAGUCCUUCCUCAGCAACUUAGAGACCAGGAAGCUGGACCAGAAACUCACCAAGAUGGAGGAAAACGUGUACAUGGCUGCGGGGGCGGUGUACAGCCUGGAGGGGGCACUGGGGGACCUGGAGAAGGUGGCCCGAGGCAUCAGCAGUGGCACCUCAGACAGAGACCUGGCCUUCCUGGAGGACCAGGUGGCCACUGCUGCCGCCCAGGUGCAGCAGUCUGAGCUCCAGGUAUCAGACAUCGAGGAGAGGAUAUUAUCUCUAAAAACAGCUGGACUGAAUGUCACCGCCUGCAAUCGUUUCUCCAACUUCUCCAAGCCAAAACCUACGCCUCAAACCCUUGACACAUCACGCCAACAGAGGAGAAAACUACCUGCCCCUCCGGUCAAAGAUAAGGAGUCUGAGCAGCAGGUAACAGCACUUCAUCCGUAGCGACAGACAGAAAGCACAAAGAGUCCCUCAGGGGCCCCGCGGGGUCUCUCCACUCCAGUGCCUUGAUCCAGCGUCUGCCUUGGGCUAUGCAGGGGCCAACACCUGCCCUGUGCACCCCACCCAGCGCUCUCCUCAGCCAGGCACGGCCCCAUCCAGUCACCCCAUGAAUAUCUCCAGACCCCCUUCCCUGCCUCCCCGAGCCCAGGACCGACUCAUUCAACCCCUGUCCCAACCUACUCCAUCAGACCCCUGGGCCUCAUUCACUGUAAUUACCACACCACAACGCCCACAACAGGGUGGUUUGAUAGACGACGUGUCUCUGCCUUAAAAUCAGCGAACGAACACUCCUCGCCGAGACAACUCACUGUCCUACUGUCAAAAGAAGACCUAACUUCAAAGUCCUUGUACAGAAAAUAAGAAAACCUCGUCAGUCUUUUUUUUUUCUAACUGUUUGCAAGGGUGUUGUAGGUGUUUGAAGAUGUGAAAAACCAUGUGAAAACUUCUGUGAUGAAUGUCCCAAAAGAGGCUGAACCAUGUUUUAUAUUACUUGUUGUUUCUCUCACUGAUGAAAUGUCACGAUGAAUUGCCGAGCACCUACAGAACCUGUUCAAUGUUGUUGUUGUAUUAUCAUUUCUGUGUACAGACUCAAACGUAAUCAUUUCCUUGAACUAGCAGACAACAAUCCUCAUUCACGACGCUCUGGUCUGACGCGUUUUCGAAUUUUAGAUGAGAGGUUCACUUUAAAAAACAUCUGGCGUCCUCUCCUGUUCCUUUAAUUAAUCAUUUACAUGAAGGUAACAGGUAAACACACCUCAAUCUUUUCACGGGGGCGAUUUUGAGACGAGCUCGUUACUCUAGCGCGUAGUUACCGUGUUUAGAGAAAGAUUCACUACAUUGCUCGGCCCACACAAUGACAGUUUAUGUCAUGUCUGUUUUAUAAGGCCAAAAUAACCGGUUGUGAGACUUUGGCAUCUGUCUCCGGAGAGACCCAAGGCCAAAAUAAUGCAAGGCAAAAUAUUUAGUUACAUGAACAAAUAAUGAAACGUUUAUCACACAAAUGGUCUACCUAUUAUAUAAAGUAUAUGUAAAGCAUUUAUGAACUGAAAGAAAUCCCGACAUUAGAAUAAAUGGACACGUUUCUUAACAAAAACAUCUCUGUAUGACAUCUUCUCCGUUCUGUCUUUUUUUUAAAUGAAUAUAAUUCAUUCUAUAGCUAGAGGACUCCUGAUAUCUCCAGGAGUGAUACAUAAAAUGUGUGUCUUUAUCUGUUGUCUAGUACUGUCUUUUUGCUAGCUAGGGCCAUCUACUUGAUAUCUGUCUUCCCAGUAGCAUACUUGGGUGUGUGAACUGCUGACUGUUCAUAACUUGCAGAUGAUGGUUGACACAUUAACUAGGAUUAAAGGACAGGGCGAUUUGUGCGUGAACUAAUAAUCACACUCUGAUUUAUUUUCCUACUAGCACUGACAUUUCUGAUAGCUACUUUAUUGAGGAAAAAUAUAUGUACUAUGACUGAGAUAUUUGGCUGUCCCAACUAGCUAUCUGAAGAUCAAUGCACUUAACUGUAGGUCUCUCUGGAUAAGAGCGUCUACUAAAUGACAAAAACGUCAAAUGUAUUUUUUUGCUUGUUAUUUUUAUGUUUCAUUUGUUUCAGCUUUGUGGCCUUUAUUUGGCAUACAUUUUGAUUUCUCUCCUGUGCUCUAUGGCUCCAAAAAUUCAUUGUACGUUGUGUUAAAUAUCUUGUAAAGAUUUAUACAUAAUGAAGCCUACUGGGCUUUAUGACAAAAUGCCAUGAAAAGCAUGAUUUUAUUUUUGUACUUUUGAAGAUUGAUUAUUACGCAGUUCUUUUCACUAAAACAAAGUGGGCGGAAACCGGCCUAGGCUUUAUUCUCCUCCUCUGAAAGGUUUUUCUCAUCAGUUAAGUCUGAAACCGUGUCAUGUUUCCUUCUUCAAAGUGCUUUACAUGUAUGCCUGCAUUAAUUGUCGGAAAAUGUGUGAUUUUAAUGGGGAUGAUGGUAUUCAUAUUCAUGAUAACGUGGGAGAUGUGAUAAAUAGCAGUUGAUGCAGUGUCUGGUAUUACUCCAAUGACCAUGGGGAGAGUCUGGAAUGCCAGGCCUGUUUUUUAUCAGCGUCUCAGAGUAGGAGUGCUGAUCUAGGAUCAGGCUUUCCCUGUCCAUGUAACCAUAUUCAUUGUGAUCUACAACACAAAAUGGAUCCUAGAUCAGCACUUCUACUCUUGAGAUACUCUGAGAGGCCCUGGUCUUUAUAUUGAAAAUAUUAGAUAGUAUAUUAAUAUAGAGGAGAUGAAAUACAGUGUUGAGGGAUUCUGUUCCUUAGUAAUUACAGGUAAAAUAGCAUGACGUUUGCGCUGGUUCAGGUUGUUACGUGCAGCUUGACCUUUCUUCAAGCCGCACCUAUCAGGUGGGGGUCCUGUUGUGGCUCAGUUGGUAGAGCAUGACACUUGCAAUGCUAGGGUUGUGGGUUCAAUUCCCACGGGGGACCAGUAUGAAGUUGCUCUGGAUAAGAGCGUCUAAUAAACGACAAUAAGAAUAAUAUGUAACGCCCUGUACCGGAGCUAGUGACACAGGUUAUUCCCAUACCUAUGGACUUCUGUUAUAUUUAUAUUAUAUUUGAACACUGUCCACUGGUAAGUCCUUCCAUCCAUCCUAUGAUCCCAUUUUGCAGGUUAUGCAUAUUGUUUCCUGUAUGUCGUCGUUGUUCCUGGAUGUGUGUUGUGUAUCAACGCAUGUUUCUGGUUUUAAAUAGAUGUACAAAAUUCGAGAAGCACAGCCAAGGGGUUCAUUAUUAUCAAUGUCCUGUAUUUUUCUAUUGUAAAAAAAUAUAUUUUAUCUCACCUCCUAAGUUGUUUAUAUAUAUAUAAAUAUAUAUAUAUAUAUAUCCAUAUAUAUGUAAAAAAAUAAUAAUAAAUGGAUAUGACAUAAGAUAAUUGCCCAAUCAUAAACUUUAUCCUUCUGUGUUGUCUGUGGGAGGCAGCCAGCUGUCUAUGUUCCUAGGCCGCAGUGAAGUUCACUUUGCACACCUCUGAUGGACUAUUCACUCACAUGCGCAAUCGUUUGUUGCAGUCCAUAUCAUGUGUCGGGGAAAAAAUAUUAAGACGCAAAAAAUACAGAUUCUCUAUGUGCCAAAUUGCUCUGAUUGAGAAAAAGUGUAAUACUGACUGAAUAAAGUUUGCACCUGAAUGAC